UCUUACUUCUGGAUAGAGUGAUAGAUAGAGAUAAUGCUUUGUUCGGUUUUGAGCUUGGCUAGUAAUUCAGUGCUUGAAUUCUCACAUUCCAAAUUGAGUAUGGGAGCUCUACCCUUUCUCUUGCUUCCACCUCCAUGUGCUGUUUCUGUAUCUGCAUCUCCAGGGUGCAUGGAGGAUGCAAAUCUCAACUAUGCUGAGUCUAACAGAGUCUCCAUAUUAACAGUGGACAAAUUUUCAAGAAGGAUGGUUCUUCAGUUUAUGGGAAUUAAUCACAUGUUAUGUUAUGCUUCUCCUGCUUUGGCUGCACCAAUUAUGCCAGACAUGAAGGAACCUGAAGUCAUACGGACUUUGAAGCUACCUAGUGGAGUGAGAGUUCAAGAUAUUGUAGAAGGGGAAGGACCAGAAGCACACGAUGGAGAUUUGGUUACAUUCAAUUGUGUAUGCAGACGUGCAAAUGGAUACUUUGUUUUCAGCACAGUGGACCAAUUCAACGGAGAAAGUAAUCCUGUUAUACUUCCUUUGGAUGAGAAUCAGAUGAUAGUGGGCUUAAAGGAGGUCUUGACUGGCAUGAAAGUUGGUGGAAAGAGAAGAGCACUGAUACCACCUUCAGUGGGAUAUGUAAAUGAGAACUUGCAACCAAUACCUGAAGAGUUUGGCCCUCGUCGCAGCCUUUUUUCUCAUGCACAAGAGCCUUUGGUUUUCGAAGUUCAACUCUUGAAAAUUUUGAGGCCUCCACCACCACCUGCAGCAUUUAACUAAUUAUUGUUAUUUUUUAUCUAUUGUGUUACCCUCCAUUUCAUUGUUUUCUGCUAAGCUUCCUUAGCGGCAGAAAAAUGAAUGUUUCAUUAAGAACUAGAAAGGAAGGAUGCAAGACGCGAGUGUAUUUGACAGGGGUCUGAGGGGUGUAAAAAGUGAGUAAAAACAAAAAAGGAGAAUUUGAAAGUUUUGUAAAAGAAAAUUUAUAAAUGUAGAGAAUACUUAUCUUUUAUUUUUCAUUUAGUUGUAUUUUCAUCCCUUUA